AAGGAGGAGGGGGUUGACUUUAGUGUGAUGUGAAUGAAAUAGAAUCAGCGUGAAGGAGAGAGACAGAACAAAUCAACCUGCCUCUUUUGACUGAACAAUGGAAUGGAAGAGCUGAGCUCCUAGCCACACUGACCAGAGAGGAGUUUUAUUUUUGGAGAGGGGAAGAAGGGAGCAGACAAGGGGAACCGAAGAGGGAGGAGGAGGAGAAAAAGCCUCAGCGUGGGGAUAGAUAGGAGAAAAAUGCUGUCAUGGGGAGAGGGGGGAGGGAGCCGACAGAAAGGAACAGGAUGAUACCAGGCAGGGUGGAGCGGAGCUGAAAUGUGGAGGUGACCAGUGGAAGAGACCAAAGAGAAUGGAUGACAGGGGACAGAGAGCUGGGCUCGUCUCAUGGUAACUCUCCUCUCUGUACAUUCUACCAGCAGGACCAAACCUAAAUUGGAGCACAUCACAACUGGGGCACACCAGAAUCGUAGUCAUCUGCAGAGCUGGAGAACGUCCUAAAGGAACUUGGAAUGGGUGUACGUUUUCCAGACCUAAAACAUAUAAUUGUAUCUGACUGUGGGACUUAUAACUGUCAUCUAAUAGUCCUCUGCAUUUUGUUAUUGAAUGUGGAUGAGGAACACGUGUAGUACCUUUACUCAUCCGGUCUGGGAAAGUGAGGAGAGAUAGUUGGAGGAUUGGAAUUAGAGUCUGAGGCACCAUGCAGUCUGAUGACCUCUUCCUCCGCAAGUUCUGCCGGCAGAGGCCACGACCUCCUCUGGCAACGGUCAACUUUGACUCUAAGCGGGACGGUGGGGUACGGGCGCGGGUGCUGGCAGGGGAGUGGCCCCCGAGGAGGGACGGGGAGGGGGCAGAUGGGGAGAGCCUUAUUACCCCGAACCGUGUGGGUCUGAACCUGAGGUCAGUGGGCCGAGGACACAUCAUGCAGAGAAGCAACAGUGACGUGACUCUGGGUGACCUGGACUCUUCUGGUAAGGCGGGAGGGAAGGCCACACGGGCGGUGGGGGAGAAGGCAGGUGCCGGGGCCCAGGGGGACUCAGGGGUGAUGCUGCACAGGGAAUAUGGCAGCCUCUCCUCACUGGAAAAACAGACAGGUCUGUCAGGAACCCAGGAGCUCAGUGCAGAGGACCAGGGAGCUCUGAGCCCCAACGCCCUCCGCUUCAAAGACCCCUUCCUGCUGCUGGGCCUGCAUGCAACCCCCCCAGAACCAGACGGCUUCUUCAGGGCUCUGUCCGCCCCCACAGGAGACACCCCAAAACCAGCCAAGCCCCCCAAGCCUGAGGGGCUGAGCAAGAAGGCCAAGCCUUCACCCCCACAGAUCCCCCAACCAGGUCCUCAUGACAACCUGGAGGGCGGAGCCUGGGUCAGGAACUUUGCCCACUAUGAUGUCCAGAGCAUUCUGUUUGACCUCACGAAAGUAGCCAGCAACCGAGACAGCAUCAGCCGCAAAAAGAACAUCACCUCAGGGGCGUCGGCCGCCUCAACGAUGCGCCCCCUCAACCAGGCCACGCCCUCCUCGCCCUCGCAGGGUGGGGGCGGUGGUGGGGGGGCUGUGGAGGACCCGGAGCAGUGUCUGCUGGACGAGGGAGACGGCAACGACAACGAACUGCUGCUCAGCUGCCCACACUUCCGUAACGAGAUGGGGGGUGAGGAGCGGGCGGGCCUGGGGCGUACGCAGGGCAGAGGGGGCCUGUGGCUGAGCCUGAGGAACCCCAACGAUGCAGUGUCAGUACUGGAGGAACCCAGAGAGAGCCACGUCCAGCAGCAGGGCAAGAGCAACUACUUCAUAGAACAUGCAGACCUGGGAGCCCACUACUACCGCAAAUACUUCUACAUGAAAGAUCAUCAGAACUUCUUUGGUAUGGACGACCGCCUGGGUCCAGUGGCCAUCAGCUUCCGUAGAGAGGAGAAGGAGGGAUCCAGUGGAGCUCAGUAUAACUACAGAAUCAUCUUCAGAACCACUGAGCUGAAGACUCUGCGAGGCUCCAUCCUGGAGGAGUCCGUGCCCUCAGCGGCCCGCCACACCACCCCGCGCGGCCUGUCUCCCAAGAGGCUCCUGGAGUUCAUCAUCCCUGACCUCAACCUCCACUGCCUGCGCCUGGCCUCCACCUCGCCCAAGGUCCGAGACACCCUGCUCAAGCUGGACGAACAGGGGCUGAACUUCCAGAGGAAGGUGGGAGUGAUGUACUGCCGUGCAGGCCAGAGCUCUGAGGAGGACAUGUACAAUAACGAGAGCUCUGGGCCGGCUUUCGAAGAGUUCCUGGACCUCCUGGGGGAGCGAGUGAAGCUGAAGGGCUGGGAGAAGUACCGCGCUCAGCUGGACACCAAGACGGACUCCACGGGGAUCCAGUCCCUCUACACGCGCUACCAGGACUUUGAGGUCAUGUUCCAUGUGUCCACCAUGCUGCCGUACACAGCCAACAACACACAACAGUUGCUGAGGAAGAGGCACAUAGGGAAUGACAUAGUGACCAUAGUGUUCCAGGAGCCAGGGGCUCUGCCCUUCACUCCUAAGGCCAUCCGCUCCCAUUUCCAACAUGUCUUCAUCAUCGUCCAGGUGGAACAGUCCUGCUCUGACCACACCUACUACAGGGUGGCGGUGACACGCUCCAAAGACAUCCCGUUAUUCGGGCCUCUGUUCCCUAAGGGUGCUCGAUUCCCCCGUUCCCCUGCCUUCAGAGACUUCCUGCUGGCCAAGGCGGUGAACGCUGAGAACGCUGCCGAGAAGGCGGAGAAGUUCCGCUCCAUGGCCAUGCGUACACGACAGGAGUACCUGAAGGACCUGGCAGAGAACUACGUGACCACCACGCCCAUCGACUCCUCCACCAAGUUCCCCCUGCUGUCACUGGGUGGCAAGCGCAAAGACAAACUGAAGGGGGCCAAGGGGGCAGAGCUUCACAGUGCUGGGGCGCUAGUCUGGGCUGUGAUGGCCACCAGUGGGAAUGAGGAGGAGACAGGAGGACAAAAGCUGCCCUGUCUAUUGGGGGUUUCAGCUGAAUCAGUGGUGCUGAUCGAGAGAUACACACGGAGGGUGGUGUUCAACUGCUGCUGCCGCGACGUGAUUGGCUGGAAAGCGGUGACAGACAGCAGGACCAUCGGCUGGCCUUUCCUGGAUAUCUUCUAUGAGAGGGGGGAGGCAGUGUUAAUCAGUGUGAUGGACAGCCAGGCAGAGGAGAUACGGGAGAUGGUGCAGAGACUGGAGCUGGUGACGCGGGGCUGCGAGGCGCGGGAGGUGACCCCGCUGCGUGACGGGGUGGGCCAGCCAGGCUUCCUGAUGAGCGAGGAAGGCUUUGUGACGGACCUGCAGCGAUUUGGCUAUGCGGAGAGUGGGGGUCUGCAGCUGGGGGCGCGGGUGGUGCGGCUGUGUGGUCACGCCCUGGUGCACCUGGGGCCGGAGGAGAGAGCCAGACUGCUCCGCACCGCCCACAAGAUCCACAUCACCGUCAUCCCUCCAGAUGAGAACGGCAAGCCCCGCAGGAGUUUCUCAGAGUUGUACCAGAAAGCCAUCCAGGAUGCAGAACGUAAGCCUGGGGAGGGCCAGUCUGGAGAGGCCUGGGUACUGGACGAGAGGGAGGAGGAAGAAGAGAUGGAGGAAGAGGAACGUGAACAGGGAGAGGGAAAAGAGGCAGAGACGAUGGAGGGACCAGCUGAAGGAGGAGAGGCUGAGGAGACGGGACAGGCUGAGGAGGACCAGGGGGACCAGAGGGACCAGGGGGACCAGGACUCCCUAUUCUCCACACCCAGCCUGCCUCUUUUACGGGCCACCUCCCUGCAUGACCACCCCCCCAACCAGACCAUGGAGGAGAUCACCCCCUCCCAGAUAACACGCAGCUACUCCCUAGAGUACUCCCGGGACAUAUGUGACGGGCAUGUGUAUGACAACGUGGGUGUGAAGGUGGAACGUCACAUCUAUGAGAACCUAGGGGAGCUGAGCGACGCCAUGCCUGACCUCAUUCUGGCUGUCAAACCCAAGGUGCCCCUGAACGAGGAACAGUUUGUAGGGGCUGAGUUGGGUGAGCAGAGGGCAUUAGCGAGUGACCCCUCCCUGUCCUCCACCCGGUUGUCGUGUCUGGACAGAGCAGAGAGAAACUCCCGAGCUCUGAGCCUACACAACUCCAUCACCAAGAUCCUGUCCGAGACCACAGAUUCCUCAGAGGAGGAGUGGCAGUCUAUAGCUGACCUAGCCACUGCCUGCCGCAGCAUCCUAGAGGCCUUGUCACGGGAAGACCGUAAAGCAGGAGAUGGGACCCAAGGAGCAGAUGGAAAGCUAAAGGACAUGAAGGACAGUGACUCCCCUGGCCACCUGGAGGAGAAGGUGUCCCAGCUGGAGGCCAUGCUGAAGAGGCUGCAGGAUGACCUGCAAAAGGAGAAGGAGGACAAGGCGGUGCUGCAGGCCGAGGUGCAGAGCCUCAGGCAGAAUAACCAGCGGCUGCAGGAGGAAUCCCAGAGCACCGUGGCCCGCCUCAUCAAAGUCACCGAGCUGCUGUGCAAUGUCAACAAGCCCUGUUAGCUCCACCACAGUACACACUGUGGACACACACACAGAUCACACACAAACAAACAAAUACACACAGACGAUCGCACACAGAUCACAAACAUACACGCCGGACACACACCGCAUUCAAUAUUGUAUACAAACACACCUGCAGAGUACAUCAACCUUCUCUACACCACGUAUAUAGACACAUGCACAAUACUCUGCAUUCUGUAGGACGACAUUUUACCUCUGGGCAAGCCCAUGGGUGCAGAACCAACUCAAAAAACAACUCUGAGACAUUUCUCACCAUCUGAUGGUCUUCUCAAUAGAUUGACCAAUGGUUGUGCUUUACCCAAGAGUGUGUUUUGUACCUUGAGUGUGCGCAAGUGAGUGUGUGUGUGUGCGUGCGUCACUAUGGUUCUUUUAUCUUGCUUCACAUACUUGACAAGUUGGGCAGAAUAGCAAUUGCUUAAAACAACCCAAUUGAUUUAGAUGAAGAGACACGUGUGCAGCAUGUUUGGUGGCUGUUUAUUUCAAUUGACACAAAGCGUGUGUAUGUCUCAUGAUGUACGUAUGUAAACAGUAGUCUCCCUCUCCUCUCUGCUCAACCCACUCCAUGAUAUGCAACGUCUUGGAAUGAGAACAGUUCAGCUGUGCACCCUUAGAGUGGAGGGCCUUGGAUCUACAUAUUAUACAGAAAAAGGGAAAAUGACAAUUGCAUGCCUGCAGGUAGCCUGCUUGAAUAGACGGAAUGAUGCAUACUGACCCUACCUGUCUCUGCCAACCUUAUCACGGAUUAGUUAAUUUAUUGUGUAGAGACACCAUUCUCUCCCCUCCAUACCUCCUCAGCUUCAUUUCAAGGGUUGUGGACUUGAGUAUUUCACGUCUGCUUCCAGUGAAUGAGACACACUUUACUUAUAAGGGAAUUGACUCACCGAAUUAAUUCUGAUUGAGUUGAAACGGAUAUUGAAGUGGAUAAUACCUCUGCUGAGGAUGAAACAAUUGGAGAGAUGAAAGACUGGCUGUAGAAGCUAUGCUGUAGAAAGUGCACCUCCUGCUGGACUGAACCAUGCAUUGCCACAAGGCAGCUCUCCUUUUAGACAAAAAUAUUGUAGGGAUUUAAUGUGAACUAGAGAGGAUUCCUUUAGUGAACACAUCCUUCUGUGUUCCAAUAUAUUUUGUGUUUGAUGUCUACAAUGACAAUUCAGUGUAUUUGAAAUGAAUUCAGAAUGGAGUGGUUGCCUGUGGGUGAAGGAGUCCCCCAUUUCACCCUAAUGUUUUUGCGUGUGUACCUACUGUAUGUGUGUUUCUGCGUUGUUCUUGCACUUUUAGCAUCACCUAUAUCGGCAUGGGACAGGGUACAUAUUUAACCUCCUGCCCAGGUUUAUGCCUUGCUUGAAAAAUUUAAGUGGAUUUGAUCUCACCCCUUCACCUCACCCCACCUCACCUUCAGGUCCACUGCUGAUGACGCCAAAAACAAUGUGAGAUCAGAGGAGAACGGGAUUAUUCCUCCUACAAGACUGUUCUGCCAAAAGAUGCCAAGGCAGCUCUCCUACACCCCACUCAACUCUAACUACUCAAACUCUGGAAGGGAUGCCAAACAAUCGUCACUCAAAGCUCUUGUUUGUUGUAUAUACUCUUUUACUUCCUCUUGUAGUUUUAUUUUAGAGUCACUGUGAUUACCCGGUACCAGCAGAUAAUGAUAUAUUCAAAUUAAAUUAUAAAUCUAAACUUUAUCUAAAUGUGAAGACGACAUGUACAGCUGUACUGCUCAGUGCGACUUAGUGCAUUCGGUUGUGUAUGCCCUCAAUUGCAGGAUGGUUUAAUAUGCAGACCAUUGUAAAUGUGCCCGAACAGGCUGUUUGAGCCAUGCUGUUUAAAAUGGUGAUGCCUUGUUGUUGGAAAUGAUUAGCAGAGUGGAGAAGUGUAAGAAUAUCUGAUGUUUUACUGUGUUCUUCUGUAUAGUUCUUCAGAUUGUAGGAGGUUGAUGAAGCAUGAUAGUGCGCCAGGCAACUUCCUAGCUCCCCUGUGUGUGUGUGUGUGUGUAUGUAAAAACUGUAAUAACUUAAUAAUCUUGCAAAUGUGGAAUACCCUGUUAGAUGUGUUAAUACAAGGGGAGGGAGGUAGAAAUUACAUGUGCUAUAAAGUUAAAAUGGUAUGAUGGGGGUUGGUUUUAAGGAAGAAUCUGUUUUUAUAUAUACAUUCAAACACAAGAAGACGAGAGGAAAAAUAUUUCUGCAAUGUUAAAGUAUUUCUUGGGGAAAUGAUAAUGGUUAUCGUUAUCAUUCUAGUAUUGAGCUAUUCAUUCAGAGCUCCUACGUUCACGUUCAAUAAGGUCUCUAAUGCCACUAGGUAUGCCUUAAAGAGUGACUCUCGGACUCUCCAGAGAGGACAGGACAGACUGGUUCAUGUGAAGGCUUCUUUCUCAGACAUUGUGCCUACCUGAAAUUGUAAUGUAUGGUAACUCAGCUUGGUGUCUUCAUUUCAGUUCUUCAUGGUCAUUGUUUGCAGACAGUGUCAGGUUGUCCUGUAUCCUGCAGGAUAGACAGGUGUGUCUGCCACAUGACAGUGGUAGAUGUAUGGUUGGUUGGUAUGGGGUCUCUCCAGGGUCUGCUCUUCAAUCCUCCCACUGAUGAUCUGUGGCCCUUAAAUCCAAAAGAUGGGUUUAGGGACCCCAGAAAAGUGUCAUAAAGGUUAUAUGAAGACGAUAUGAAGUUUGUGUUUGCUUUUGUUAGGUUAAAGGAAAUUAUCCGUAUAGCGCUGGUUUAAGACCAGUAUCUCCAACCCUAUUGAAUCACAAUCAUUCGAUGCAGAAAAACAUAACUUUCAACAAUCAUUUGGACAUGAACCAUCCUCCAAAUCACACUCUGAGUGCACUUGGAACCCCCAUUUAUGUAUCACCAAAAGUAUGCCUGAGUGACCCCUAACGACACAUUGUAUGCCUGAGUGACCCCUAACAACACAUUGCAGAUGGUAACAAUGCAAUAGUCCUCAUCUGCUCUAGACUACAUCAGCUGGCAAACGAUCUCCACCCAGCCAAUAGUAAACCUGUGAGAAUUAUCCCUGGUAGAGACAUUGUGGUUGUUGCCUCCUCCCAUCCAUACUGUAGUAGAGGUGCCAAUGACCAGUGUUUUUCUUUUAUCCUCUUAUUUGUUUGCCUUAUGUGUCAUCGCAUCAUCCUUACAGGAAACCAUGCUCGCAGUACAGUAUGUGUCCUACUUCCACAUUGUCAUCUCUUUGUUGCUGUUGUAGAAGGGGAUGUAUUCAUGUGGCCAUACGGUAGGGAAGAUAGAAUACAGUACAUUAUUACCAAUGGAACCACACAUAAAAUCAUAUCCCCAGUGUAGGUUUAGGGGAGGCCUGGCCACACAUCAUGUCAGAAUGGUAGCACACAUUGUACACUCUGCUCAGCCAGUUAAAGAGUUGACUUUACCAUAACCAGGCAGUGGAACACUGAGGGAAUGUAUUGUAAAACACAAAAUCAUGUUUUCAGUAUGAUGCCACCUCCAAACCUGUUAAUUCAUUCAUGAGAAAAGUAAAUUGACUAAAUGUUGUUCAUGUACUGUGAACUGGAGGGCUCAUGGCAAUAAAGAAUCCUCUGUACCUUUA